GCUAGAUAAUCACUUAUGCGCUAAAUAUAUUAUUAACUCAUAACUGCAUAUUUACGGCAGUACUCCCAGUCAUAUUAGCAAAGCUAUUUUAAUAAAUUCUAGGAAAAUUUGAUUGACCAAAAUGGCUGGAAAGGGCAGAGGUAUAGCAGCUUUCACCUUCAACUUAGAGGCCCUGGGCAUCACCAGAGGAUCCAUGCCAGAAGCCCAAAAAGGACCAUCUCCAAUCUUCCCACAAAUGGAAUAUAAACCUGGGCCUUUGAAAGCUGGAGAAGAUGAAGACUACAUAAGAGCUUUGAAACAAGAGAUGAGGGGACGAAUGAAAGAUCUCCCUUUCAACGUAAAGCCCCAUGAAGGAAAGAGUAAUGUAGAGCGCUACAAGGAAAAAUACGCAAAGGAAAUAAAAAAAAUUGAGGAUAGCGAUUGGACACCAGAUUGGAACCGUCUUCCAAAAGAGCUGAAGCCACAGAGGAAGAUAAUGAAAAAGAAAACUGAUUCAAAAAAAGUGCUCUCAAAUAAAGACAAGGAGGAUGUGCUGACUAAACUGGAUGAACUUGAAAAAAAGGGAGACGUCAAAUCAGAUGAGGAAGAUGACGCAAAAGUAGAUAAGAAAGGAGAGGAUGAGGAAGAGGAGGGGGAGGAACUUGAAGGAGAUUUAGACGAAGAAGAGCUUGAAGAGGAGAAUGACUACAUAGCAAGCUACUUUGAAGAUGGUGAUGAUUACGGAGCAGGAAGUGAUGAGAACAUGGAUGAGGCUACUUACUAGCAAAUGAAAAAGUUUGUUAAUUUAAAAUCUAAUUAUACAAAUCGGUAUUAUACAAAAAAAUGUUGGACAUCAAUACAUAUGUGCAUGUAUUAUUACACUAAAUUUAGAUUUAAUUAAAACACAAGCUUAAACAAAGCUAUAAUCCAUUAAAAAAACAUGAGAUUUAGAUACUUUAUUUUCAACCUGCAUCUACAGGAUGAAGGCCCAUGUUCAAAAGCAAUCACUGUACUCCAAGUUUCAUUAAAAUGUUUAAACCUGCUGUUUGACUCAAUGUGAGCACAUGUCUGAGAACUUUUCACAAAUUAUUAUUGUGCUCCUGCUAAACAGAAACAUUCCUCCAUUUUGUUUCUGUUUUAUCCAAGCAAAAUUUUAAAUUAAA